AUGCGUUACAAAAAGCUUACAGGUCCAGAAGCUGUAAGAGGGAUCCUCUUUGAAGGACACAAGGAGCGUGUCCGGUCGGUCACCGCGGGCAGCGGGGAGGUUGGCGCAGGGCCUCUCCGUCCUCCCCCUCGGUUCUUUCUCUCGUUAGCUCAGUGCCCGGAGUGUUUCAGUGUUGGGCGCCUACAGUUACCUGAUGGAAGAUCGCUGGUGGUCUCAGUAAGCGUUAGUCAUAACCUUAUUCAACAUGUGUAUGGAGCUCAGCAUCCGCCUUUUGAUCCGUUAUUGCAUGGAACCUUGAUAAAACCAGGUUCAAAGCCACCUACAACGCCAGUGAAACUAAAGAAAGUCAGCACCUUCCAAGAAUUUGAAAGUAAGACAAGUGAUGCUUGGGAUCUUGGGGAUGAUGAUGAUGAACUCUUAGCAAUAGCUGCUGAAAACUUAAAUACAGAAGUGGUCAUGGAAACGGCUCACAAAGUAAUUCAGAAUCACAGCAAGUUACAGGAACAGCAUAAAUUUCAGGAAGAACAUCUACAGGAAGAAAAACAAUUAGAAUCUGCAGAGCUAACUUCAAUUGCAUGUGGUGAUAAUAGGCUUGUUAAAUCAGUCAGUGAAGGUCACACAUCAAGUUCAUCAGAUAAUGCUAGUGAAAAUUCUUCCAUGCAGAGAUCACAGUCCCUUCCACAAGCUUCCACACCUCCCUUGGUGAGUGGAAUGGCAGACUAUAAUACCUCAGUUACUCCUGCAUUAACUGAAAGAGAAGCAUCCCGAUUAGACAAAUUUAAGCAGCUGCUUGCUGGCCCCAAUACAGAUCUGGAAGAAUUACGGAAAUUGAGUUGGUCUGGCAUUCCCAAACGGGUUCGUCCAAUUGCAUGGAAGCUUCUUUCUGGCUAUCUUCCUGCAAAUGUGGACCGAAGAGACAGCACUUUAAAAAGAAAACGCAAAGAGUAUUUUGCAUUUGUUGAACAAUACUAUGAUUCCAGAAAUGAUGAAAAUCACCAAGAUACCUAUAGACAGAUCCAUAUAGAUAUCCCACGCAUGAGUCCUGAAGUUUUAAGACUUCAGCCCAAAGUAACAGAGAUCUUUGAAAGAAUUUUGUUUAUCUGGGCAAUACGUCAUCCAGCCAGUGGAUAUGUUCAGGGCAUAAAUGAUCUUGUUACUCCUUUUUUUGUAGUCUUCGUUUGUGAAUAUAUAGAAGAAGAGGAAGUGGAAAAUUUUGAUGUUUCCAGUCUGCCUGAAGAAGUGCUGCAGAACAUAGAAGCUGACAGUUACUGGUGCAUGAGCAAGUUGCUUGAUGGCAUUCAGGAUAACUACACGUUUGCACAGCCGGGAAUUCAAAAGAAAGUGAAAAUGUUGGAAGAACUUGUUAGUCGGAUCGAUGAACAAGUUCAUAGGCACUUGGAUCAGCAUGAGGUGAAAUACUUGCAAUUUGCUUUCCGUUGGAUGAAUAACUUGCUGAUGAGAGAAGUCCCUUUACGGUGUACCAUCAGGUUAUGGGACACAUACCAAUCUGAACCAGAAGGUUUUUCUCACUUCCACUUGUAUGUCUGUGCUGCCUUCCUUGUCAGAUGGAGGAAAGAGAUCCUGGAAGAGAAAGACUUUCAAGAAUUGCUGAUAUUUUUACAAAAUUUGCCCACAGUACACUGGGGAAAUGAAGAAAUUAGUGUACUCCUAGCAGAGGCCUACAGAUUGAAGUUUGCAUUUGCGGAUGCCCCCAAUCAUUACAAGAAAUGAAUAUGAAGAGCCAGAAAUCAUUAAGACCAACGUGUUCUGCAGUAUUAUGGCAUCUGUUGUUCUGGUUGUGCUUUCAGCUCAUUGCUCUUUCAUUUGAAUUAACAUGACCAUUAAAAUUCUGUUAGAAUUUGCAGAAUGAGAACAGAAUACCAAAGAAAUGGACAAAGCAGGAUAUCGAGCAUUGAAUGAACUUGGAAGUGAACUUUUUUGCUUAGCGUGAAAAAUGAGUUCAGAAGUCUAUCACAUAGUUUUCUUCUUUUUUCCCCUUCUCUAAUUAGGAGCAUUGCAGUCUGUCUGAUUUAUGUCGAGCAAUUUUUGCAUGUACCUAAGACUUAAAACUACUUAUGGAAUGAUUUUGUCAUUUCUUCAGUGUCUUUACUUCAUGACUUUAUCAGCCAGUUUUGGUCAGUAGAAGUUAUUUACUUUCAGUGGAAAAAAAGUACUUUUCAUAGUCGUAAAGACCGUAUGAGACAGCAAGGCCUGUGUUUUGAGGUCUGGUUAUAACUCAGAAGACACUGAUAUUCGCACACCAUCUGUUGUUUUUCCAUGGAAUUAGGUUAGAAUACUUCAAUAAUAUAAGAAUAUAGAAGGUUGCAAUGGAAAUUGGUGGCUUUUUCUAAACAUUACUCAGUCUUGCAGGGUUCUGUAGAAGCUUUUUAGCCAUACAAAGGAGUUACUUAAAGCCGAAGACUCAUCUAUAACACUAAAAUAAAUCCCUCUCUAUAUAUUUUGGAGUGUUUUUAAAAUACUGAAUGAAAUAGAAGACAUGGUCUUGUCAAAAUAAUUAAAGUCUUUCUUUCAAGGCCUUUCAAUUUUUCAGCAUGAAAGUUCACUUUUAAGAAACAUAUUAAGAAGCUUGGUUUACAAAGCAAGAUAUAUUUUUAUCUCAGUUGUUGCCUUAUUCUCCAUUUCCAGCAUGUUAGAAAAGGAAAAUUAAUGUAUCAUUCCAAAGCUUAUUUGUUAAAUAAUUUAAUACCUUUUUUCUGAUUAUUCAGAGGAAGCGAGAAGAUAGUUCCCAAUAACGCUAACUAUAUACUCAGAUCACUCUUGCAUCAUUAGCAGAAUAAAAAUCCUCUAUGACUUUAUAGAAUGAAAUUAAUGUUUCUUCAUCUAAUCAAGGGAUACUGAAUAAUUUCUUAAAACUUAUGUAAUUUAAGUGUGCUAUUUAUUUUCAAGACAUCUUUUCAGAUAAGAAUUAUGAUGUUGCUCUAUCAGAUGUAAAUAACUCAUAUUAAUUUGUGCCUACCCUACACAAUACAGGUUAUUAAGGGUGAAAGUUGCAAUAAGCAAUAUACUAGAAGCUCAGAACUGUUAUUCCUCAGUUCAGUUCUCAAGUUGCACAACAUUGCACGAAAAAUGUAGUGCACUUUUAAGUUUGGGAAAUAAAAGAUCUUCAAGAGGUUUUGUCUUAUGACUUGUUAUUGGAAGAUUAUUUUCAAGUUCUUAAAAAUACGUGGAUACAUAUUUUGAGGAAAGCUUUCUAGAUGUGUUAGUUACAUUACUUGUUUUAGGGGCCUUAGCUCUUGACACUGACUUUAUAAUAAUUAGGUGUUUCAGGGUAAAUAGAAUAAAAUACAUUUUUGCCAACGUGAUUAUGAGAUCCGUAUUUUAAAAUUAUAUAAACUCUUUGGUAGAAGGGAAAAAAAUGAAUUAAUUCAGAAGCAGGAGUGUUUGGUGACUAGGAUGCUUUUCUGUUCCACUGGUGUCAGCUGGGGGUUUCAGUUGCAAUGGAUACAAAUUCAGGCCUCCUAGAUUGCUGCAGUUGUGCCUAGAGUGUGUAGUGGAUCUGUGUUUCUUAAAUGUCCAUAUACUGUUUUCUGUAACUUCAGUUCAUGGUCUAAUGUAUCGAAAUUUAUCUUCAUGUUUACAAAGAAUGUCAUAUUGUGCCUAAUAGAAUAUCUACCAAUAAGAGAACAAAAGAAACCUGAAAUUUAUGACCGUUUGCUUUAAACUUAGUAUCUACAAUCAUUUGUUAAUAGAAAUGCAUAUUGUAACGAGAGAAGACACACAGCAUUAAAUGUACAAUGUUGUAAGGGUUUUCUAUAAUUAACUUUUUUCUAUUAAGAUGUUAUUUAGGUAGUUACAUGUAACAUGGAAAGUUGACCCAAAGUUGUCUGCUGUGUCAGAUGCUCCUGCAUAACAUUUAUGGGACUGGAUAUAUAAAAUUCCCUUUGUCGGGUCCACGUAAGUUGUCUGCCAUGUCUUCCAAAUUCAACAGGUACCUCUUACUUCCCUUGGAAGAAAGUAUUACCAUUGGAGGUCACAUUUACUAUUGUGUCUGUGUCAGAAGUUGAAUAUUGUACUUGAGCACAUUGCUUUUUAAGGAUAGUGGGAAGUUUCCUAAUAUAAUAACAAUGCUUAUUUAUGUAGAUAGAGACUUUUCUGGAAAAUAUGAUCUAGUGAUGAUCUAGAUGAUCACAUCAAUAUGAUCCUAUACAGAUAGGAAUAGUUUUCAGUAAAUAGAAGGCCAACAUUUAUAUAAAAUUUCAAAUUUUCAAUACUUUAAGAUUUACAUAAAAUAUUUCAUUUUAUUAAAAAAAAACCCAACACCUUACAUUUAACAAUUCUACAUCUCAGGUAAAAUGUCAUUCCAAACAAAAUAUUAUGUAGAAAAGGAAAUAACGUUAUCAUUACUACAUCCCAUGUACUUUUUUUUUUUUUUCCAAAAUUCAAGAUUCUGGAUAUUACAAAAUUCCCUUGUAAUAUGUAUUUUCUUAUGAAGGAGGCAUCUUGACACAUCGCUAGUAAAACCAGGCAGUAAUUUACUAGAACUCAUGUGAAAUAUUGAAAUUGUAGUGUCUAAAAUGCGUGUUAAAGAACUUCUGUAAUAAAAAUUUAAACAAGAAUGUACAAUAUAAAAAGAUUUAUGUCUACAGUAUUUGAAAAAUGUAAAUAAUAAACAAAGUUAUGUAAAUACAGAACAUAGAGUAGGAUAGAAAUAUAAGUUGAAAUCUUAUGUAACUCUGUAAUAUGUUAUAUUUAGUUUCAUUAUUUUUUGGCUCAGUUCCUUAUGGAAAGGCCCAUGAAUUUGUUUUUAACUUCAGAACUACAGAAUAGAAGUAUCUGAAGUUCCAUUGUAUGCUUCUGGCAAAUAUUAACACUGAGGCACUGGUUAAAACUGUAAAACUGAUGAAAGAUGAGGAAAUAAAUGCAUAUUUAUGAAGUGCU